UGAGGGGUGAGGGGGAGGAUUUUCUCUAACGCGAUGUUCGCACGAGGCUACGCCUCACUCCGAUUGUGGUGGAAGCAGAGAGAGGGACACGGAGAGAGAGCUGCUGAGUCGUCCACCAGAGCCACCGAGUCGUCCACCAGGGCCGCUGAGUCGUCCACCCGGGCCGCCGAGUCGUCCACCAGAGCCGCCGAGUCGUCCACCCGGGCCGCUGAGUCGUCCACCAGAGCCGCCGAGUCGUCCACCAGAGCCGCCGAGUCGUCCACCCGGGCCGCCGAGUCGUCCACCAGGGCCGCCGAGUCGUCCACCCGGGCUGCUGAGUCUCUCGCUCUGCUGAGUCGACCCAGCAGCUGUACGAGGAUGAACAGAAUCGUGGCCAGAGUCGUCCCUCGCUACUCCGCGGCUGCAUUGGCAGCGAGGAGAUGGACAUCGUCGGUGGUGAAGCCGCAAGUCACACAGAGAGAGGGCCCCCUGCCUCUGUCGGCCAUGCCGGGCCCUUCGGCAGGAGGCUGGCUUCACCUCGUCCAAGUUCUGCGACGGGGAGGCCUGCCCAGGAUUCACCAGAUCAGUCAAGAGGACUUUGACACGUAUGGACCGGUGUACAGACAAAAGCUGGGCUCCCUGGAGUCCGUGAACGUCCUCCUCCCCAGCGACGCUGCUCAUGUGUUUGGGGUGGAGGGUGCACGUCCAGAACGCCAGCUGGUGGACUCUUGGAUGGAGUACCGUAAACACCGCAGACGGAGCUUGGGAGUCCUGCUGCAUGAGUGGGAACGCCAGCUGGUGGACUCUUGGAUGGAGUACCGUAAACACCGCAGACGGAGCUUGGGAGUCCUGCUGCAGAGUGGUGACGAGUGGUGGUCCCGGCGAUCCUCUCUGAAUCGCGAGCUGCUGUCCCCGUCCGCCGUGUCGCGCCAGGCGGCGGUGCUGGCCGCUGUGAGCCGCGACUUCGUCCUGAGGCUCGGCAUGCUCAGCCUCAGCGCCCGAGGCGGUGGUGGCGGUGGCACGGGCCACGUGGCCCGCCUGGACAACGAGCUGUUCAAGUUCGCUCUGGAGUCGGUGUGCAGUGCCCUGUUUGGCGAGCGCCUGGGCCUGCUGCACCCCGUGGUGCCCCCUGAAUCCGAGCGCGUCAUCGACGCCAUCUCUGUCAUGUUCCACUCCACGGUGCCGAUGUUGGUGGUGCCGGCCGGCCUGCACCGGGCCCUCCACACUCCAACGUGGAGACGUCACACACACGCCUGGGACCUCAUCUUCACCUACGCCAACAGAUGGAUCCAGAAGUCCGUCCUCUCGUUCCGUGCGGGGGCGAGCGGCGAUGGCGGAGCCCGGGCGGGUCACGUGAGCAUCAUGGCGGGCCUGCUGCAGAGGGACAGCCUCUCACUGGGAGACCUCGCGGCAAGCGUGACCGAGCUCAUGGCAGGGGGGGUGGACACGACCUCCAUCACACUGCUCUGGGCUCUCAUGGAGCUGUCCCGUAACCCCUCGCUCCAGGAGGAGCUGAGGUCAGAGGUCACAAAGGCCAUGACCCCUGGAGCUGACCCCUUAGAGGUCAUCCGCCUGACCCCACUCAUACGACUCACCCUCACCGAGACGCUGCGGUGAGCACUCACCCACUCAC